UCGCGCUCCGCGGCUGGAGCUGGCUGCGAGAGCAGGGUCCCGCGUCGCCCUCCCGCCAUGGGCCUCCUGUCGGACCCCGUGCGCCGGCGCGCGCUCGCCCGUCUCGUGCUGCGCCUCAACGCGCCGCUCUGCGUGCUGAGCUACGUGGCGGGCAUCGCCUGGUUCUUGGCUCUGGCCUUCCCGCCGUUGACCCAGCGUACUUACAUGUCGGAGAACGCCAUGGGAUCCACCAUGGUGGAGGAGCAGUUUGUGGGCGGAGACCGUGCCCGGGGCUUUGCCCGCGAUUUCGCUGCCCACCGCAGGAAGUCGGGGGCUCUACCAGUGGCCUGGCUGCAGCGGACGAUGCGUACAGUAGGGCUGGAGGUCUACACGCAGAGUUUCUCUCGGAAACUGCCCUUCCCGGAUGAGACCCACGAGCGCUAUAUGGUAUCAGGCACCAACGUGUAUGGCAUCCUACGGGCCCCACGUGCUGCCAGCACCGAGUCUCUGGUGCUCACUGUACCCUGUAACUCUGACUCCACCAAUAGCCAGGCUGUUGGACUGCUGCUGGCACUUGCUGCCCAUUUCCGAGGGCAGAUUUACUGGGCCAAAGAUAUCAUCUUUCUGGUGACAGAACAUGAUCUUCUGGGCACUGAGGCUUGGCUUGAAGCCUACCACGACGUUAAUGUAACUGGCAUGCAGUCAUCCCCAUUGCAGGGCCGGGCUGGAGCCAUUCAGGCAGCUGUGGCCCUGGAGUUGAGCAGUGAUGUGGUUACCAGCCUUGAUGUGACUGUGGAGGGUCUCAAUGGACAGCUGCCCAACCUUGACCUGCUCAACCUUUUCCAGACCUUCUGCCAGAAAGGGGGGCUGCUAUGCACACUUCAGGGCAAGCUUCAGCUCCAGGAUUGGACAACGCUGGAUGGGCCAUUGCAGGGCCUGCAGACACUGCUGCUGAUGGUUCUGCGGCAGGCCUCUGGCCGCCCCCAUGGCCCUCAUGGCCUCUUUCUGCGGUACCGGGUAGAGGCCCUGACCCUUCGGGGCAUCAAUAGCUUCCGGCAGUACAAGUAUGACUUGGUGGCUGUUGGCAAGGCUCUGGAGGGCAUGUUCCGAAAGCUCAACCACCUGCUGGAGCGCCUACACCAGUCAUUCUUCUUCUACCUGCUUCCUGCUCUAUCUCGCUUUGUCUCCAUUGGUCUCUACAUGCCUGCUGCUGGCUUCUUGCUCCUGGUCCUUGGUCUCAAGGCUCUGGAGCUGUGGAUGCAGUUGCAUGAAGCUGGAGUGGGCUCUGAAGAGGCUGGGGGUGCUCCUGGACCGAGUACCCAACUUCCCCCAGCACAGGGUGUGGGGCUGGCCUCGCUUGUAGCACCCCUGCUGAUCUCUCAGACCAUGGGCCUGGCCCUCUACAUCCUGCCUGUGUUGGGUCAACAUGUGGCCGCCCAACACUUCCCAGUGGCUGAGGCUGAGGCUGUGGUGCUGACACUGCUGGCAAUUUAUGCAGCUGGCCUGGCUCUUCCUCACAACACCCACCGGGUAAUGAGCACACAGGCCUCAGACAGGGGAUGGAUGGCACUGAAACUGGUGGCUCUGAUCUACCUAGCACUACAGCUAGGUUGCAUCACCCUCACCAACUUCUCCCUGGGUUUCCUGCUAGCUGCCACCAUGGUACCUGCUGCUGCACUCACCAGACCCUAUGGGCCUCGGCCACUCUAUGCUGCCCUACUGGUGCUGACAAGCCCAGCAGCCAUGCUCCUGGGCAGCCUGUUCCUGUGGCGGGAGCUACAGGAGACACCGCUGUCACUUGCUGAGGGGUGGCAGCUUUUCCUCGUGGCACUGGCCCAGGGCGUGCUGGAGCACCACACCUAUGGUGCCUUGCUCUUCCCACUGCUCUCCUUGGGCCUGUACCCUUGUUGGCUGCUCUUCUGGAAUGUGCUCUUCUGGAAGUGAGGUCUGCUACCUGGGCACAAAGGCUGGGGCAGGGCUCUCCAAGCCCUCACCAUUUUUCCUCCUCCCUGGGAAAUAAACAAGUGUCUGUUUCA